AUGCGCAAAAGUUCGAAUCAAAGCGACAAAUCGCCCCAAUCCCGCCCCUCCGCCUACGUCGUUUUCACGCCCGCAGCGGCUCCUCCGCAUCGGCAAGAUGAUUACGAAAUUCAUGACCGAGGUCACGGCCAAAUUCAAUCCCUUCUCGACCUGCGCCAAGCCCGCCCGCCUGUUCCUGACCUUUCUCCCGCCAAACAGGACGGCAAGGAGAUGGACUUCAACUGCUCCAAAAUCAACAUCAAGGGCUUGGUCGAGGAAGUUGAUCGUCACUCGCGCCAAUUGCAAAAAGCAGCUGAUCUGUCCGAAUAA